AUGUGGCCUCAUAAAGUAGGACUUGGAGUUCGACUAAGUUAUGGAGUUGAUGGAAAUGGUAUUUUAUCAAUAAAAUCAAAUAAUGAAAACAAUAAUAACAUUAAUGAUGACGACAAUAAUGACAAUAAUGACUGUAACGAAAUAGAACCAAUAAUGGAUUUUCCAAGACUUGAACCAAAUACACCGAACCAAUAUUACAAAUCAAAUUCCAAAAAACUACUAAGAAAUCCACUAAAUUAUUCAACAAUUGAUGAUCAGAUAUUAACUACAUCUUCUAAAGAUACAAGAAGUUUAUUAACUCCAAAUUAUAUACCUCAUCAAAUAUUAUCAUCUUAUGGUUUGGAGAGUUCAGCAAUUGAAUCGGAUUUUGCUUAUGAUCCAAUAUUUGGAGACAUUAUAAAAGCUUUUACUAUAACAAAUUCCACAAAGGAAUAUAAUGGAUUACUGUACGUCACUGGGUCUUCUUUAACUGUUUUAAAUUUUGCAAUUUUUUUUAAAGGUUCAAGUUCUGCUAGUUUGAAAUUAUCUGAACCCUAUGAGGUAGAUUUUUUGGAUAAUAUUAGACAAGUGGACAUCAAGAGUGAUAAUAAACAAUUAGUAAUUUUAGUUAGAACAAAUACUAAAAUUUACGUGUUAACUUGUCGAUUAAUUUCUGAUUCAAAGGACUCAAAAGCCAGUCCAAAUUUUGAUAUGUCAAUAAUUAAAGAAAUCAUUUCAUCAAAAUUUGGAAACUCAACAUUUGCUGACGUAUCAAUUUGUUUUAAAGAUAUCAGAAAAUUCGCAAUAGUUGAUAUCUUAGGUAAUCUAGCUGUAUGGAAAAUUAAUAAAAAUUUCACGAAAGUUCAUAAACUAAAUAAAGAUAAUUUGAAGAUGCCUAUAGUCAGCUCACAAGAUCUAUCAAAUUGGAUGAAAAUCAAUUGGUUAACAAAUUCUGGUAAAUCAAAAUCAAAAACCACAGAUCAACUUCUACUAUCUACAAGAAUCAAGACUUUUCAAUGUGAUAUGACUAACAAUACACAAACCUCACUAAUGACUUCCAAUACAUGGUCCAGAUUGAGAGACGUAUAUAUAUUGGGUGAGAAUGUUUUUUAUUUGACUUCUAAAGAGAUAAUUUGGUUCAAAUAUGAGUCGCAGAACUCAAACAUAAGUUUUGAAAGGUUAUUAUCUUGGAAGCAUUUUCUCAAUGACGAUGAUCCCUCACUUAAAUUUUCAAUAUUCGAAAUUGGGAAAGCUUUCUCGAUAAUGAUAUAUUCAGAAAUUAGUCCUACUAUUAUUGUCUAUACAUUUGGUUUUCAAAUAGAGAAACCAUUUAGUUUACAAGAUCCAUAUAUAAUACAAGGACCAGCAAGAGGUCUAAAACAACUAGUUACAAUAAAAGACGACAUACAAAAUGUACAUCUACUAGAGCUAAGUUCAAAUUUAACUUUAAGUGGAUCAAUUUUACAAUAUGGUACACCAGCAGGUAUAACAACUUCUCCCUUUCAUCAUACCACAAAGACAUUAGCCAAAGCAGCAACGAAUAUAGACAAGUCCAAACUGACAAAAUUGAAAAAAUUAUAUCAAAACUUAAUCAAAUUUCAGGGUUCUGAUUUAAGUCUGAUUGAGAUUUUACAGAAUUAUGCAUCCACAUUAUCUUCAAAAUUUGAGAAUGAAUCAUACUUCGAGAAAAUAACAUCAGAGAGUUAUAAAUCAAUGCUAGAAAUAGACAAUAGAAUUCCUUUAAAUAUAUCUGAUAUAUACGAGCUAGAUGAUAUGAUAGUUGAGCUAAAGAAUAGUACAUAUAUGGAAAACAUAGAUAUUAAAAGUCUUAUAAAUAAUGGAAUUAUUCAAAGAAAUGGGUUUUUAAAUAUUACGGAAACUCAAUCACAUAUUUACAAUAUAUACUUAUUGAUCAAAGACCUAUUUAAAGAACAGAAUAUACCAAAUUCAACAAUCAAUACUGCAAUUAUUCUAGGACUAUCACUAAUAAAAUUUGAAAAUAAGUCAAACAACAUCCACCAACAAAAUUUUGACGAGAUAAAAUCCAAUUCUUCAGAAAAAGUCCAACUUUUACUUGAUGGCUGGGAUGAAAAAGAAGAAGAACCAGAAUCACAACAACCAGAUUUAAAAACCGUAACAUCACAAUUCAAUACGUUGCCAACUUUAAAAUCAAGUCAAUCUCAAUUCACUCAACCAUUGGCAUCACAAUCUAAUCACUCACAAAGAUUGAAAAGACAUGCUUCAAAUUUAUCUCAACCUUCAAGAAAUUCACAAUUUUCUCAAUCUAGUUCUCAACAAGCUAAACGUAAAAAGAAAAAAGUUAAAGGAUUUGGUUAA